GCUUUUCGGAUCCAUCGCUGCUGGUGACGUCACGGGUUGAUGGCUGCGUGCACACAGCGGUCGGGAGCGCGCUCAGUCUGGGAUCAAGGUGAUAGCGGCGGCGGCUACGGAGGAGCUGCCAGCAGAGCCGGAUAAUCAUGUGACGGAGCCAUAGGCAGGUUGGAACACUGUUCCAUGGCUCGGAGGUGCUGAAUCAUUGGAGAAGGUGCCAUCGCUGUAUUGUCAGUAUAGCCAGCGGUGCCGAUAGCCCAGGCGGGCCCUGGUAUUGGGAGGAGGCGUGGCCAACUCAGAGUCUGUCUCACAGGCCUCAUAAUGGUGAACGCCAACAGCAUAGACAGCGGCAGUGCGAGCAGCAAUAGCACGGAGACCUCAAAGGAAAGCUCCCGAUGUUCCACUCCCGUCCUAGACAUAGAGCGACACGAGCGGCUGCGGGAUAAAAUGCGCCGGCGCAUUGAAGCUGGAGACAAAUGGUUCUCGCUGGAGUUUUUCCCACCACGUACGGUCAGCGGUGCCGUAAACUUACUCUCCAGGUUCGAUCGCAUGGGCUGUGGAGGUCCCCUCUUCAUUGACGUGACCUGGCACCCUGCCGGGGACCCCGGCUCUGACAAAGACACCUCCUCCAUGGUCAUUGCCAGUACAGCGGUCAACUUCUGUGGACUGGAGACCAUCCUGCACAUGACCUGCUGUAACCAGGCCAAGGAGGAGAUCACAAAGCAUCUUCAGAAGGCAAAACACCUCGGCCUGAAGAACAUCAUGGCUCUCCGAGGAGAUCCUAUUGGUGAGGAGUGGGAGGAGGAAGCCGACGGGUUUAACCACGCGGUUGAUUUGGUGAAGCACAUUCGCCAGGAGUUUGACGACUACUUUGACAUCUGCGUCGCUGGUUACCCCAAAGGUCACCCCGAAGCCGAGAGUUACCAGCAAGAUCUCCUGCACCUGAAGGAGAAAGUGGACGCCGGCGCAGACUUCAUCAUCACCCAGCUCUUCUUCCGCUCCGCAAUGUUCUUACAGUUCCUGGCGGACUGUAGAGCCAUCGGCAUCACCUGCCCCAUCCUGCCAGGAAUCUUCCCCAUCCAGGGCUACUGCUCCUUGCGGCAGCUGGUGAAACUCUCUAAACUUGAAGUACCGCAAGAAAUAAAGGAUGUGAUUGAGCCCAUUAAGGAUAAUGAUGCCGCCAUAAGGAAUUACGGCAUUGAUCUGGCGGUGUCGAUGUGCCGGGAGCUGUUGGACAGCGGUCUGGUGCACGGGCUGCACAUCUAUACGCUGAAUCGGGAGGUGGCCACCAUUGAUGUAUUACGCCGCUUGGGAAUGUGGCAGGAAGACCCGAGACGCCCGCUGCCCUGGGCUGUAAGUGCACACCCCAAGAGGAGAGUGGAAGAUGUCCGCCCAAUUUUCUGGGCCUCUCGUCCAAAGAGCUACAUUCACCGGACACAGGAGUGGGACGAUUUCCCAAAUGGACGUUGGGGUAACUCUUCCUCUCCAGCCUUUGGGGAGCUGAAGGACUAUUACCUCUUCUACUUGAAGAGCAAAUCAGCCCGGGAUCAGUUACUGAAAAUGUGGGGAGAGGAGCUGAGCAAUGAGGAAAGUGUGUUUGAGGUCUUCACCAGCUACAUAUCGGGAAAUCCCAACUAUAAAGGACACAAAGUGACUUGUCUACCUUGGAACGAUGACCCACUGGCACAGGAAACCAAUUUGCUAAAGGAGGAGCUGGAGAAAGUGAAUAAAAGAGGAAUCCUGACCAUUAACUCUCAGCCUAAUGUGAACGGAAAACCUUCGACAGACCCAAUAGUUGGCUGGGGUCCCAGCCGCGGUUACGUCUUCCAGAAGGCGUAUCUGGAGUUCUUUACAUCCAGUGAGAUGGUGACUGCGCUUAUCAAAGUCCUGAAGAGAUACGAGCCGCGGGUGAACUAUCAUAUAGUGAAUGUGCAGGAUAAAAACAUCACGAAUUCCGCGGACAUGCAGCCGAACGCCGUGACGUGGGGGAUAUUUCCUGGGCGUGAAAUCAUCCAGCCUACGGUGGUGGAUCCCGUCAGCUUCAUGUAUUGGAAGGACGAAGCCUUUGCCCUGUGGAUCGAGCAAUGGGCCAAGCUGUACGAGGAGGAGUCUCCGUCCCGAAUGAUCAUUCAGUACAUCCACGAUAACUAUUUCUUGGUGAACCUGGUGGACAAUGACUUCCCCCUGGAGAACUGCCUGUGGCAGGUGAUCGAGGACACCUUUCAGGAACACGAUAAUCCCACGGAGCAAUGACGGACAGUGUCCUGCCUCUGAGACCCACUACCUCAUGGCCCAGUGCCGCCAUUCCCCCUCCCCCACUACGGUGGGACAUGGUCCAAGCCUCUGUUCCUCCUGCGCUUCCCUCUGCACCUACCCCUGACUCUCCUGCUCUGUCCCCCAUGAUCUGAUGCCAGGAUACAGUACGGCUUCUGUAGAACUGGGCCAGGUGGAUGGAUCUAUUGAUAGGGAGUGAGGGACAGCCCCUGUCCGGUUACCUUCACCCGUUACUGUAUUACAGGGACUCCCCGUUUCCAGAGGAUGCUCCGCCCUCUGCGUGACUGUUUCUGAUAAAUCCGCCACAGACUGUCAGACUGACCAGGUGCCCCCGCGGUGAGGACGCUGCGUAGUUGAAGAUGUGGGUGACAGAAUCCGUGUGCACCAGAGUAGAUUCCCUGCCGUGUACCAGCAGAUGCUCCACGGAUGGGCUGUAUUUAUUAGGAUGUUUUAUUUUGGGCGCAGACCCACGGUGUAGAUCAGCAUAGAUAGUACACAUUUGUGCUCUUCUGCUGAGUGGCAGUAUGGAAGGUAAGGGCCGUCCAUUGUGUGCAUCAGUGCUUAUACCAUAGCGGUCUAAUUAAUGACCUAUUAAUGAUGUAGCUCAUUUUCUGGAGAGAGAAGUAUCUUUCCAAUGUAUUUUUUAACAUGUUUUGUAAAACAAAAUGUAUCCGAAAGCUGUGAGUUAAUGCAUCUUUGCAUCAAGGAGCAGCGUUAGUAUACUGUACUGGUAGGCCUUUGUAAAACGCGCCUAAGCUGUACUGGUAGGCCUUUGUAACGCGCCUAUACUGUACUGGAUAGGCUUUUGGAAAACGCGUCUAUAUUGUGCUGGAUAGGCCUUUGUACAAUGCGUCUACAGUAUUCUGUACUGGUAGGCCUUUGUAACGCAUCUAUACUGUACCGGUAGGCCUUUGUACCACGCGUCUGCAGUAUACUGUACCGGAUAGGCCUUUGUACCACGCGUCUGCAGUAUACUGUACCGGUAGGCCUUUGUACAACGCGUCUGCAGUAUACUGUACCGGUAGGCCUUUGUACAACGCGUCUGCAGUAUUCUGUACCGGUAGGCCUUUGUAACGCAUCUAUACUGUACCGGUAGGCCUUUGUACAACGCGUCUGCAGUAUACUGUACCGGAUAGUCCUUUGUACAACGCGUCUGCAGUAUACUGUACCGGUAGGCCUUUGUACAACGCGUCUGCAGUUUUCUGUACCAGUAGGCCUUUGUACAACGCGUCUGCAGUAUUCUGUACCGGUAGGCCUUUGUAACGCAUCUAUACUGUACCGGUAGGCCUUUGUACAACGCGUCUGCAGUAUACUGUACCGGAUAGUCCUUUGUACAACGCGUCUGCAGUAUACUGUACUGGUAGGCCUUUGUACAACGCGUCUGCAGUAUUCUGUACCGGUAGGCCUUUGUACAACGCGUCUGCAGUAUUCUGUAACGGUAGGCCUUUGUACAACGCGUCUGCGGUAUACUGUACCGGUAGGCCUUUGUACAACGCGUCUACGGUAUUCUGUACCGGUAGGCCUUUGUACAACGCGUCUGAAGUAUACUGUACCGGUAGGCCUUUGAGUUCAGUGUCCUCGCCAAUUUCUGUGUAUUGUAAUAGACCGUAAUGUGCGCAGUCAGACAUCGCAGUGACGUGUGGCAGCACCAUAUGCAGAAUUUAAUAUACCCCCCAAAUAAUGGUAAAUAGCAUAAUAAGGAUUAUUUCACUUAAAUUCACUCACUACUUCUAUAUACUUUACACUACAUAUAAAAUGUAUAUAUCAUGGAAUAACCCUGUGGGUGUAUAGGAAAAGCAACAGUGACCCCUACAGACUAUAAGCGGUAACGUCGGUCACGGAUCAUGUGUAGUAUGGCUGCUAUGUGGCUCAGUGUGGGGAGAAUAACCCGUGUGUCGCACGUCGCCCUCUGCUGUAUGGGUGCAAAGCCUCGGAUAAUGUCUGAUAAAUUAUGUUUUUUGGGGGUUUUUAAAAUGGAAAAUUGAUGUAAUGGGGGGAAAAAGUUUUGGAUCAGAUUUAAUGAUAAGUUUAUAAAAUUAAAUGUGUGAAGAGAUUUUAUUUUA